GUCAUAACAACCGUCAACAAAAGUGCUUGGUACCCUAAAAAUCAUUAAAUUAAUAUUUCCGCUAUUUGUUCAUGUGGUUUUAAAGGUCCACGGUUUAAUUCCUAGAGUGAGUCGUGAGAGAAGUACAAAAAUGACGACAGCCGAUCUACGGAGUUUGAUAACAGCGAAACUAAAGGAAAACCCUGACCAUGGGUUCCAUACAUUGGACUUGGAUCGGAUAAAGGAUGAGAAAUAUUUGAAACGAGUGAUGAAGCAUUGCGAAAAUGACCCGAAACAGGGCGCGGACAUGCUGUGGGAGAUAUUUAGUUGGCGGAAAUCGGUAUCCGCUAACGAAAUUAACGAGACCAACAUCAGAAUGGAUUACAUACUUGAAGGAGGAUUCUUUCCUCACGGACGCGAUAUCGAUGGAUGCCUUCUUUUGAUAGUCAAGUCGAAAAAACACGUGAAAGGUACCAAAGACUUCGAGGAAUUGAAAAAAGUUAUCAUAUACUGGUUCGAUCGUAUUGAACGCGAAGAAAAUGGCAACAAAAUAACACUAUUUUUCGAUUUAGACGGAUGUGGUUUGAACAAUAUGGAUAUGGAGUUAAUUAAGUAUGUAAUAUCACUAUUCAAGUGUUACUAUCCAAGCUUUUUGAACUAUAUACUAAUUUAUAACAUGCCCUGGGUCCUAUCUGCUGCAUUUAAGAUAGUUAAAACGUUGUUACCCGCACGAGCCGUUGAGAAAAUGAAGUUCAUAUCUCAAGAGUCGUUACACGAGUUUGUUACACCGGAUCAAGCGUUAACGAGUUGGGGCGGGCAAGAUAAUUAUGAAUUUGAAUUUGUUCCGGAAGGUAAGGGUAGCACACCAAAGAAAGUAACGUUUGCCGAACAAGGUGACCACUCGCCAGGAGAAAUGUUGCGUUUGAACCCAAAUAACUUGAUUAUCUUCAAGAAUGAGAACGAAGAGGUUACCGGACAGUUCACGAUAACUAACAUGGAUGAUGGUGCCGUAUCGUUUAAAAUUAGAACAACUUCACCUGAGAAGUUCCGUGUACGACCAAGUUCUGGCAUAUUAACGAAAGGUGCAACUCAGACCAUACUAAUCGUUGUCCAACCAGGAUUUCAACUCCGUAACGUAAUGAAAGACAUGUUCUUAGUCAUGUCCGUGCAAAUUCCUAAAACAGAUUUGUCUCAAAAGGAGCUAAGUGACAUAUGGGCGAAUUCGUCUGGCAGCAAAGUUGACGAAUACAGACUAAAAUGCCAAUUCCCCGUUAAAGAUUUACCCAAAAAUGGCAAUUUGGAAGUCGUUAAUCACGAAAAGCCCGAAUCGGUCGCAAAUGCAUUGAACAACCUCCAAAUGAACUAUGAAAUUUUACACCGCCAAGUUGAUAAGCUUAAACUGUACCAGUUCCUUACGUUACUCGUUACUUGUGUUGCUGUUAUAUUGGGAUUCCUUGUCUACCAAAACACCAAUGAUAACGAUAACAAUAAAUAUUGUGAACGCAUCUAGCCCUCGAUGCUAGUGGUUUUUCACACCACUAUUGAUAUUUAUAUAAUGUUGUACUGCCUGUCUAUAUUUUUGUUAAUCAUUAACAUAUUAUUGUACGUCAAAUGUUGUAGUUUAAUGCGUUUAGUUGAACAAUUGCAUAUCGCUAAAUAGUUUUGGGCUUUAAAGUAUUUUUUUUUCUCAAUGUGAUUUGCGAUCAGUCCCAAGGACUUAGCAAAUUAGUCUCUAAAUAGUUUUGGGUGUUAUCGUUUUUUUUUCCAAUGUGAUUUGCAAUCAGUCUCGAGGACUUUUAGCAAAUUAGUUGCUAAAUAGUUUUGGGCUUUAAAGUAUUUUUUUUUUCAAUGUGAUUUGCGAUCAGUCUCGAGGACUUUUAGCAAAUUAGUCACUAAAUAGUUUUGGGCUUUAAAGAUAUUUUUUUCUCAAUGUGAUUCGUGAUCAGUCUCGAGGACUUUCAGCAAAUUAGUCGCUAAAUAGUUUUGGGCCCUAAAGUUUUUUUUUUUCUCAAUGUGAUUUGUGAUCAGUCUCGAGGACUUUAAAC